GACGCAGGUGUCCAAAUCAUCUAUUUGAAGAGGGGAUGGCAGUUUACACACCCGAAGAAGGAAAGCAACGUAGUCACACCCGCGGACAUUACAUUACAGAUUUUUUAAUCGCUUUCCCAGCCAUGACUUUAAAGACACGAUGGUCUCACCUGUUUCUCCUUUUGUGUUGUGCCCGAACUUGUCUUUGCCAGCCAGAGGAUCGAGGCUUUACUGGUACAGAGAGCCCAGAUGGGGUGGAUGUCAGCUCCCAAGCCAAAGUAGUCCUGAGCAGUCCUCUUACAACUGUCUUCCUCCCAAUCAUCUACAUCAUUGUGUUUGCUGUGGGGCUGCCCACCAACACCAUGGCAAUAUGGGUAUUCCUGUUCAGGACCAAGAAAAAGCAUCCAUCGUCGAUCUACAUGGCAAACCUGGCUCUGGCUGACUUGCUCUUUGUUAUCUGGAUCCCACUGAAGAUAGCAUACCACUUCAACGGCAACAACUGGAUCUAUGGAGAAGGGCUGUGCAAAGUGCUGGUGGCGUUUUUCUAUGGCAACAUGUACUGCUCCAUUGCCUUUAUCGCUUGCAUAAGUGUCCAGCGUUACUGGGCGGUGGUCCACCCACUGUCCGAGCAACGGAGAGACAACUGCGUAGCUGUUGUAGUCUCCAUCACAGUCUGGGUGGUGGUCUGGAUUAUCACCAUCCCUCUCUACCUGUAUGACCAACAGGUCAGAGUAACAAACUCCAAUCCACAAAUCCUUACCUGCCAUGAUGUCACCAGGCCCAGUCAGGUAAAAAUAGCAGCUGGCUACUUCCUGACAAUGGGAACUCUGGGAUUUGUUGCUCCAACAGUUGUGUGUAUCAUAUCCUACAUCCUCAUGCUCAAAGCUCUCAGGAACAGCAUGACAGAUGCUGCCAUCGCCAAGAAGCGACGGAAGGCUGUGGUCUUGAUCAUCACAGUGUUGGUUAUGUUUUUAGUGUGCUUCACCCCCAGUAACAUCAUGCUGCUGGUACACUACAUUCUGCUGUUGGGCGGGGUCAACAACAACCUGUAUGGAUUUUACAUCACCACCCUGUGCCUGGCUAGUCUCAACAGCUGCAUCGACCCUUUUGUUUACUACUUUAUCUCCGAGGACUUCAGGGAUCAUGUGAAGAACACGUUCCUCUGCAGGAGCGAGAGGACAGUGGAGAGGAUGAGGGUGUCCUUCAGUGCUCUGAAAUACUCCAAGAAGAGUAACACGUACACAUCUGAGUCAGGAAACACACAGAGCAGUGAAUGCUAGUGGAUUGAUCAUUAUUAAGCUGUUUCUAUUCCUGAUCAAUAACUGCCUUCAGGUAUAAAAUGUAUUGUUUUUUUUAGUAACACUUUCUUUUACAGGUCCCUUCAUUUUUAUAGUAGUAGUUUCCUGGAAACUUGCUGGUAAUUUGCAGGUAUGAAGCAGUUAAGUUUUAGGACAGAAGGACUAGGAAAGAGAAGUGGUGCAAUUUGGUACAAAUUAUAAGAAAAAGUGUUAAGGAGGUUUAGUUGGUAAGUACCCACUCAUUGUAUUUGGGUUCAUAGUUGUAAAUUUGCAAAAUUUAGAUUCUUAACAGUUCUUUAAUUGACAGAAGAAUGUACAGUUCAAUGUCAAACUACAUAUUAGCAUAUGAGAUUCUUUCUUAAAAACUGCAUGAGUCCAUUUCCCAUAUACUACAAAACUAGGUAACCAUUUCAAAGAAUGAACAGUUACUGUACAUAGCAGCUACUUCUAUAAAAUUAUUCAGAAAAAUUCCUGGAAAUUUUUAAGAAACAAAGGGACCCAUAAAAUAAAGUGUUACCUUGUUUUUCUUAUUCUACUGUGACUUCUUCCACCUCAGGUUUGGUUUAGUACAUUAAGAAAUUAAGUCAUCUUUGGCAAUGACCUCCCAUUUUAGAUUUUUGAGCUGUCUAAGUUACUGCUUAUGUUGUUUUUGUAAAUACAUUUAAUUGUUUUUAUAUCUUUGACAACACACUUGUUUUAUGCACUUUGCUUGAUGCAGUACUCUUGAUUUCAGCAGGGUAUGAAUGAUUGCCUUUAUUCAUUUUUAAUUGGUCUAAUCUUUUAGGCCAUGUUGUAAUUUAAAUGAGAUUAAUUCUCUGUCAACUUCUAAUGUGCCAGAACUGAGACCGAAACCUAAAAUGGGCAAAAUUUAGCAGGUUUUAUAAUAUAGGAUAAAAGUUUGUCUAUGUUUUUUAUGUCUUGUAUUUAAAUUAUUUCUUUUAACUUGUAUAACUAAAUUUUAGUUUGUCAAUAAAAGUAAUUGUUUAACUA